AUGAGACAGGCAGCUUCUGCAACUGCAUUUCUCUGUCUCCUUGUGGGCUCUCAUGCAGUACACCGGGAGCCGGAGCCCGGGGAGCUCCUAGCCUUCGAGGUGGAGAGUGGAGGCAACCUGGUGCGUCGUGAAGGUGUCUCGGGCCCUCGAGGCGACAGUUCUGAGUCUUUGGCCGAGGAGGGCGAAGCGACUGCUGGGACAACAACGGAAUCUGUCACUGCGGAGCAGAAGUCUCUUGCAGAUGCCGUGGAGGCCGUGGAGGAGCUUUUUGACGAGGGUGGAUCCACUACCACAACGGGUUCCGACAGCAUCGAGGAUCUGGAGAAAACCGAAGCAGAAUCAGAACUGAGCAACAGCGAUCGUGACCAGAUUGCCACCAAGGUGCACGAUCAGAUGCAGGACAAGGUGAGGGGUGAACGCGGCUGGCUCCGUUGGGACCAGGUGGCUGGUGCUAACAGCACCAAUGCCACAUCUCCAAUGGACCUCCUUUGGUCGCAUGAGCACAAGGAGUGCCUGGAGACUGAAAACAUUUGGACACCGCUGUCCAUGCCAGAGCAGAGCAGGACGGACGAGCCGGACCACAUCAGCUGCAGGGCGCGCUGCCUUGCGGUGCGGGGCUGCGCGCAUUGGUCCUACUAUCUUGGCGGUGGCAGCUGCUAUUUGCAGAACUCUUCAGCAGAGAAGACGGCCGGCAAGGGCGCCGUCUCCGGGAUUCCGGGAUGCCGAGACAAGGAUCCGAGCAUCCACCUGGGCAUGAAUGUGUUUGCAGCCGGCCACGCCGCAGAUCGGUCACAUAGCA